AUGACAUAUGUGCACACUGGAGAAAGACCACUCUCGUAUGCAGAAGCGAUCUUGGUCCGUGGUGGAUGCCCAUAUCAAGCUUUAGCGACUGCUACCGACAGAUCUGAGACGGUAAUGUUGGUUUGUUCUGUGUGUCAUGCUGACAACACCUUCCCCUUCGAUCAGGGAAUCGAUCAAGCUAUCUGA